UGUUUACAUUAUUACCUUUUCUGUUCUGUCAAAGCUAAGAGCUAGCAGGCUAACGGGCAGCAGGUGGAUGUUUUCCCGAGCAGGUUUUACGGCAACUGCUGUCUUUAUAAGGUCAUGUAGACGUGUUCAGCGGUUCAGAGUAGCAACGUUAAACCGUUUAUCUGACCUCAGCUGCCCGGUAACCGCCUCCCGGUGGUCCGCUGCCCCCGGUGUCACCGGGAUAAGACGUCAGUCCACCAAAAGACAAAUGCCCAAGAAGCAGAAAGGGGUGAAGCAGCAGCCGCAGCAGGCUGGUGGUGAUGGAGCAGCAGAGUCUGGAGCUUCUGGUCCUGUGGCUCGAGACAGAAGUGGUGCUGUUACCAUAAUGGUUCACGCGAAGCCCGGCUCCAAACACAGCAGCAUCACAGAAGUCUCUGCAGAGGCAGUGGGCGUUGCCAUCGCAGCACCUCCUACAGACGGAGAAGCCAAUACCGAGCUUAUUCGCUACCUGGCUGAAGUCCUGGACCUGAAGAAAAGUCACAUAUCUCUUGACAAGGGCUCCAGGUCCAGAGACAAACUCAUCAGAGUGGACUCCUCCCUCAGUCCGGAGGAGGUGUUAAGGAGGCUCAGAGAUGCUGCAGGCUGACAGGACCUGUAAUAUAGAGCCUUACACUAAAAGGUUAAGUAAUAGAUUGUUAUGUCCAUGUGCUGAAUUACAAGUCCUGUGGGACAACAGGAGGACAGAGGAUGGAGGAGGUCCCAGUUCCAUUCUAAACAAGAGCAGAUUUGAAAAAUGAAUCUGCCAUGAAUAUAAGCCAUGUAUCAGUGUGACUACUAGAGGAACAUCGCCAUGACAACGGACUGGUCCACCAACCACCCGUUUUCAGCAGGUGUUUCUGUCCCUGCUGCGACUGGACAGCAGCAGAUGACAUCUGUCCAUCUGAACGUCGACUGUAUUUGAUGUUUUAAUGUUUGAAGUGAAUUAAAAAAUGUUUGUUUUUUUUAUCUCUGAUGUGUCUGAUGAAAUGAAGUGUUGCCCACUAAUGAGCAGAUCGUGACCUGUGUGAUUAAAUCUUACAUCACUGAGUAUAAACACAGCUGACAGCAGGCAGUAGAUGGCGCUGUGUUACUGUUAAUGUCAGCAGCUUAACUCUGGUUCAUGUUAUUCUGUGAGAUCUGGAGGCAAAGACCAAGCUGGGGGAGGUGAUGACGGAAACACUGAACAAACCUGUGGAGGUCGUAUUAUUAUCUUAUUAUUAUUUUUAUUUGGCAGACAUGUUGGAUUGAACCUGAAAACGUUGCCUUGUUCAGAAAACACUUGAAAGCCGAUCUUCUUCACUGCCUUUGCUUUUUUAUGUUCCUGAGUGUUCUUUUCUGCCACAGAAUGAAUGAGACGUCCAGUUUAAGAUACUAUGAAACAGACAAAAGCAGAAGAUCCUCACAUGUGAGAACAUUUUUGAAAACGUCAGAAUUGAUGUUGAUUUAUUUUCUGUCCGUCCUCCAGUGGAGGGAGAGUGGGUUUGUUAACACAAGUUUAUAAAAAGAAAAAGAAGGAGACCAACAGAAAUCCCACAUGUUCAGGGGGUUUGAAGUGUUGGUAUAUGAAGUCAGGAGGAAGUGAAAU